CAAAGUUGGAAAAAACAUGGAAAAGCUACCAACCCAAAAAGUGGUCUGCAGCUUCUUCAUUGCUUUCUUCCUCCUUUCUGAUUCAACUACAUCUCAAGAAGUUGAGGACGAGAGCGAAUUCAACUACUAUCCAGACAGCCUCAAAGGGCCGUAUAACUGGGGAGAGAUCCGGCCCGAGUGGCAUAUGUGUAGUAAUGGAACGAUGCAGUCUCCGAUCGAUAUGUUGAACGAGAGGGUGAAAAUAGUGUCUCACUUGGGGAUACUUAAAAGGGAUUACCAUCCCUCUAAUGCCACCCUUGUUAAUCGGGGCCACGACAUAUCGUUAAAAUGGGGUGGUGGAGCCGGAUAUAUUGAAAUAAACGGCACCCAGUAUGAACUCAAGCAAUGUCAUUGGCACUCUCCUUCUGAACACUCUAUCAAUGGCAGAAGAUAUGAUCUAGAGUUUCACAUGGUUCAUGAGAGCAAAGACCAAAGAGUUGCUGUGAUUGGUAUCAUAUUCAAAAUUGGACGAUCCGAUCCUUUCUUGUCUGAGAUGAAGGAGCACAUAGAAGCCGUUUCUGAUACAGGAGAAGAGACGGUGGUUGGUAUGGUGGACCCAAACCAUAUAAGGAUAGGGAAUAGAAACUCAAAGUAUUACAGAUACAUUGGCUCUCUUACAAUUCCUCCUUGCACUCAAGACGUUGUCUGGACCAUUUUAAGCAAGGUUCGAACUGUCUCUAGAGAACAAGUGAGCCUGCUUCGUGACGCGGUUAAUGAUGAUUCAGAAACUAAUGCCAGACCAUUACAACCAAUAAACCAGCGCCCAGUGAAACUUUAUCAACCCCAAGAUCAUGAAGAUUGAUAUGUAAAUCACUAGAGAGAGAGAGAGAGAGAGAGAGAGAGAGAGAGAGAGAGAGAGAGUAGGCCUAAUAUCUUCCAUGCAUGUUUUUUUCUCACACAUGUCUUAGAAUUCCCGUGUUUAUGUUCAGUUGUUAAUAAAAGUACUGAGAAGUACUAUAUAUAUAUAUAUAUAAUAAAGCUUGAUGGCAAUAGUUUCAUACAUGUUCAUCAGUUGUUCAUUUUUUUUUCAUCAAUUGUUUAAGAGAACACAUUUAUUA